AUGGGUAUCUCUCGUGACACCCGCCACAAGCGGUCAGCUACCGGUGCCAAGCGUGCCACAUAUCGUAAGAAGAGAGCCUUCGAGAAAGGUCGCCAACCAGCCAACACCCGUAUCGGCAACAAGCGCAUCCAUCUCGUCCGCGUCCGCGGCGGCAACCGCAAAUUCCGAGCCCUUCGUCUCGACUCCGGCAACUUCAGCUGGGGCUCCGAGGGCGUAGCCCGCAAGUGCCGUGUCAUCGUCGUCGCUUUCCACCCUUCCAACAACGAACUCGUCCGCACAAACACCCUCACCAAAUCAGCCGUCGUCCAGAUCGAUGCCGCUCCUUUCCGUACCUGGUUCGAGGCCCACUAUGGCACCAGCAUUGGCAAGAAGAGAGCGCAACAGAAGGGUGAGGCGGUUGAGGAUAAGAAGGUCAGCAAUGGUGUUACGAAGAAGCGCGAGGAGCGGGUGAAGAAGUAUGGCAAGCUUGACAGUGCGUUGGAGAAGCAGAUGGAGGCUGGACGGUUGUAUGCGGUCGUGAGCUCGAGACCUGGUCAGAGCGGUCGGUGCGAUGGGUACAUUCUGGAGGGCGAUGAGUUGGCUUUCUACCAGCGCGCUAUCAGGAAGUAA